AUGUUUGUGCCCUUCUGGCUCCUCACCAUCGGAUUCUGUGCUGCUUACAAAGACAUUCUGGGUGACGCGGCCAGCAGCACAGCUCGCUUUGAUGAUGCAAUCGUCUCCCGUACGAUAAAGCUAGCAUAUCAUCUGCGCAGUCUGACAGAGAGUGUGAAGAUUACACUGUUGUACGCUGGCUGCUGUGCUUCUUUUACCCACAUCAUCGCGCUAAACAAUUCUCACGGCCGCCAAGCAAACCUAUCUGUGGUGUGCAUUGCUCAAAUACUGUCAAGCAUGGGGCAGUGCAUCAAGAUAAUCAAGGUUACUUCAGCAUCCCAGGUACUAAAUGUACAAUAUCUCCGCAUCCCAACGUCGGACGUGGUUUUCAUGAUGUUUGAGACCAUGCAGAUGGGUUCGCGAUAUCUGAAACUUCAUGUGUGGUUUGAGAUUGUCGCUUCCCCAGGUCCGAAGCCACGUGGGGAUUCGAGCUGGAGAGAGAUACGAGAGAAUAAGCGCAUCGAUUUUUGCUAUGACAAAGCAUCGCUCCUGUCCGACCCGCUCUUGACCUUCCUCGCAUUACGCCAUCGCCCGUUGCGGGGCUCGUAUGAAGACUUGACCCGUGGAAACGGCGAGACUAUUGCAUCCAUGACGACAUUAUUGGACAGACUUCUACUCCCUUCUGACGCUCCAUACAACUCUAGCCCGAAGAUCGUUGCACACACUGCUCGGUAG